GUGAUCUAGCAGGUUAGGCUAUCGAUCGGCACCAUGCAACGGCAGCAUUUUGUCCUUGUCCUGCUGGCCGUCGUGCUCUGUGCGACUGGGUCCGAAGCAUGCAGCGUUCUCCAGUUCCAUUGGUCUGGCUUGGGGGCGCACAUAAACGGUCUCUGGUCCGCCCUGCCUGCGCUCUAUGGCUCCAACGGCAGCGUCUAUCUCGACAACACUGAGUUUCCAUACAUGUGCACCGAGGGCGGGGGAUGGCACGAUUACUUCCAGACCGAGUCGGGCUUCCUGCAGCCGUGGACUCCUGCUCUGGCAAAGAAUGAGAGCUGUGCAUACUAUUCGUAUGGAAAAAUGGCUGUAGCAUCGGAUGCAAUAGGGAUCUCGCACGUUCAGGCUCGCUUCGAUCCUGCGGUGGUCAGAAAGACUUGGAGGCUGCAGCCCACCAUGCAGAGGGAGGUGGAUGCUGCACUUGCGGUGUUGGAUAGCUACGACAAGCCAACCAUCGCUUUCCACGUGCGAGGAGGUGACAAGGCUACAGAGGAUGAGGUCCUGGGGAGGACCACCACAAAACCAGAGGAUUUGAUAAACACUUUCCUGGACAAUUACGUGGGGGUCAGGGGGGGCACCUGCGUCCUGAUAGGGGAUGAUCAGGCGGCGAUAGCAGAGGCGGAGCAGCUGGCGGCGCAGUACAUAGGGUGCAAGAUCGCGCGCCCCUCAAAAUAUUACCGCACCAAGGGGCACCACCAGGCGACCUUCAACUCCCUUCCGCUGCAUGACCGUUGCCGGGAGACUAGGCAGCUGAUAAAGGAUAUGGAGAUGAUGGCACAUGCAGACUACUUUGUGGGAUCAUCAACAAGUGGCAUACCCACAAUCAUCGCCACUCUGCGCAUGACCGUCUACCUGAAAUCCCAGGUGACGUUUGCUGACGUGUCAUAUGAUGACAUGGGCGCGCGAAUCCGCCGGUACUUCGGCACUGGCGGGUUCAAGAAUGUCACGAUUGCAAGCCUCAAAGGCGCCACCAUCGGAAAGGAGAGCAUUAGGAGACAAAGUCACCACCGCAGCAUGCUGGCACCCACUCUUUUGUGA